CUGUCUUUUUUGCAUUUUCGCUUGCUUUUAAUUUUCCAAUUGAAGUAUUUCUCUCCCUCUUUCUUCUCCCUUUCCAUUGUAUCCUUGUUUCUUCUAUAUUCUCCUUUCUUUCAAUUGGACAUCAUAUAUACACUAUUGCCCUUUUUUUUUCAUCCAUCUCCUUCUUCUAUAAACUAUAUACAAUUCAAUGAAAGUACGGUUUUCUACUUCAGAUCCUCCCGAAGUCAUUGACCCUUAUAUUGCUGACCUUGCAGCUUGUAUCUCUCGUAGCAAAAGAACAGUAGUCAUCACAGGUGCUGGUAUUUCUUGCAAUAGUGGUAUACCUGAUUUCCGAUCGUCAGAUGGUCUUUACAAUCUUGUCAAGAAAAAGCAUCCAGACACAGUUUUACGCGGAAAAGAAUUAUUCGAUGCAACACUUUUUAAAGAUGUUCAACAAACGCGGUGUUUUUAUACCUUUAUGGCUGAACUCAAAACACUUAUCAAUAAAGCACAACCAACAGCAACUCACAACUUUAUUAGUAAUAUGAAAGACAAAGGCCAGUUACUACGUUGUUAUACACAAAACAUCGAUUGUUUGGAGGACAAUUUGGAUCAACAUUUGGUACAACUUCACGGCACAAUGGAUAAGGUACAAUGUACACUCUGUUCUUCCAGCUACGAAUUCACUACUGUAUACCAAGACCAAUUUCGAUCCGGUGCACCACCUCUGUGUCCAAAAUGCGAAACAAACGAAAAUGAACGACAACGUUUAGGCAAACGAUCAUUAGCCAUGGGAACUUUGCGACCGGCAGUGGUACUUUACAAUGAGGAACAUCCAAAUGGAGAAGCAAUUGGUCUUGCACAAGCGACUGAUAUCAAGAAGCGACCUGAUUUACUCAUUGUCAUGGGAACUUCGCUCAAGAUUGUAGCACUCAAGAAAUUUAUCAAGCAAAUGGCAAAAUCGAUUCAUAUAAAUCAUCCUCGUACCGGUAGAGUCAUCUUUAUCAACAAGACCAAACCAACAAAGGAAUGGGACGCUGUAUUCGAUUAUGAAGUCAUUGGUGAUGCCGAUACCUGGGUUAAUCUCACUGAAGAAAAAUUAUUGGAUACCAAAGCGCUGGCCGCCGCCAAGGUCCGGUUACGUGAAGCAAUCAAACGGGAAGAAGAUGAGCUCGCUGAAGACAAGGAAAACAUAGAUGUCACCUCUCAACGACGCAAGCGAACAACAACAACAACCAUUUCUCGUACAACAAAAACAACCAUCACAAAAAAUAUGCUUUGUUAUGCCACGACAAAAAAAUCAACUGUUGGACGACCUUUCAACAAAAAAGCAAUGCAAUAGCCAUCUUCUUUUAUAUCUAUAUAUAUAGUAUUAUACUCAUUUUUAUUUUAAUAAACAUUGAUUCUUUUUUUUUUUU